AGGGGGGAGAGAGAGGGGGAGAGGGGGAGAGCUCUGGGGGUCUGCGGUUCGGCUCUGAUCGCAGCUCAUGGCGUCUGAGGUGAAGAAGCGGAGGAGCGGCUGCGGCUCCGCUGCGGGAAAUGAGGCGACGGGUGCGGCUGAGAGCCCGACCCGCACCCGCCACCGGCACAGGGGGGGACCCCCCCCACACCCCCCCGGGCGGCUCGGGGCUGCGGGGCUGCUCGGGCUGGUCCUCACCCUCGGGUGGGGGGUGAAGUGUUACCGCGACUGGAAACUGCUGAGACAACGGGAAGAUGCUCAGAAAGCCCUGGGCAGCGAAGGGAUGUUCCUCUUUUCCUCCCUGGACGCCAACAACGACUUGUAUCUCAGCCCGGAGGAGUUCCGGCCCAUAGCAGAAAAACUAACGGGUGUCUCCCCGGCACCUGACUUUGACAGCGAUGAAGACUUGGACCCCAAUGGCGAGACCUUAACCAUUGUCGCCAAACUCCGGCCGCUGAUCCUGGAGAGCAUGACCAAGAGCAAAGAUGGGUUUCUCGGAGUUUCUCACGGGACGCUGUCAGGGCUGAAGAAUUGGAAGACGCCUGCAAUUCCCUCCGGGGUCUUCAGCGCCCGGCAAUUCAAAGUCUUCCUCCCUCCGAAGAGCACAGUGCGGGUGGGCGACACCUGGUGGAUGGUCCCCAGCGAGCUCAGCAUCUUCACGGGAUAUCUCUCCAAUAACCGCUUUUACCCUCCAGCACCUCAAGGGAGAGAGGUCCUCAUUCAUAAUCUCCUCAGCAUGCUUCACCCCCGCCCGUUUGUGAAGAGCAGAUUUGCCCCUCAGGGGGCAGUGGCCUGCAUUCGCGGCCUCAGCGACUUCUAUUAUGACAUUGUGUUCAGGAUCCAUGCAGAAUUCCAGCUGAAUGAACCGCCGGAUUUCCCCUUUUGGUUUACCCCGGGGCAGUUUACUGGAAACAUCGUUAUCUCGAAGGAUGCCUCUCACGUUCGGGAUUUCUGGAUGAAUGUUCCCAACGACAGGUCUCUAAAUGUGGACAUGGAGUGGCUGUACGGAGCAAGCGAAAGUGGCAACAUGGAAGUGGACAUUGGCUACUUACCGCAGAUGGAGCUCAGCGCUGUCGCCCCAUCCGUCCCGAGCAUCAUUACGGACGAGAACGGUAACACGGUAGACAGUGGGAAUAUUGUGGGGGAGCCCAUCCAGUUUGUGUUCGAGGACAUCGAGUGGCGGUCAGAAAUCAGCUUCGACGAGGCUGCUCAGAACCUGGAAACGACCAUGUAUCCCUUUAAGAAGGUGUCGUAUCUGCCUUUCACCGAAGUUUUUGAACGGGCAAAGGCGGAAGACAAGCUGGUGCAUUCCAUUUUACUCUGGGGUGCGCUGGACGAUCAGUCCUGCUGAGGUUCAGGGCGGACUCUGCGGGAGACUGUUCUCGAGAGUUCGCCCGUCCUCGCUCUGCUGAACGAGAGCUUCAUCAGCAGCUGGUCCUUGGUGAAGGAACUGGAGGAUCUUCAGAAAAACCCAGAGAGUGAAGUGCAUGCCCGGCUAGCCAGCUUACAUCUAGAGAAUUACAACUUUCCUGUAGAGAUGAUGGUGGCUUUACCCAACGGCUCAGUGAUUCACCACAUCAACGCAAACCACUUCCUGGACAUAACAUCGAUGAAGCCGGAGGAGGUGGAAGGUGGUCUCUUCACUUCCUCGGUGGGUUUCGAGGACCCCUCGACCGCAGCUUAUGUCCAGUUCCUGAAGGAAGGGCUGGAAAAGGCGCGACCGUUUUUAUCGUCCUAGCAAGAAGGGAAAAAAAAUCAACAAAUGAACCAACCUAACGAAAGGCAGGGGGAGGGGUGCGGAGAGAGAACAGUCAGACUUAUUUCACUGCAAACCCUCUUUGCCUUUCUAUCUUCUCUUUUCCCCCCCCUCCCCCCCACCUUCCCGGUCUUGACAAGAUUCCACCUAUUUUCUACCAAAAAUGACCAAAGUUUAGGAAUGCACUUUGUGCUCCGUUACCUGGAAUGUGGCCUUGUAACCCAGCAACAAUUCAGCUUAAGAUGUGUUCCUUCCUCUCCCCUUCUUUAACACCCACUCCUUUCUUCCCCUCCCCCCGUAACUACCUGGAUUUCUUGAUAUAAGAAAUAGUGCAAAAUUGAGCCCGACUGUGCCGAUUUUCCAGGGAAUAGUGUUUUCUUAAUUCUGCAUCUCUGAGAGGAAGGGGUCUCUGGGAGUAAGUUCUUAAAUCCGUUUUUAAAAACCCAUCCGUUUGAAGACGUGAGGUUUUAAUGAGGUCGAUGUCUGUCGCUGUGCUUGGCGCUGCCCCUGCAUUUAGAACCAGAUGUGCUGAGUUCUGCCCUUUUCCUCCUUAAACCUAUGCAAGUACUCUUCUGAUCUUCCCUCCAGUUUAAAGCUCUAUUUUACCUACUCCACAAUAUAUUUCUAAUAGUGAGAAUGUGUAAAGGAAACCAGUCGGUCGAUGCGUAGCGUGUGGUAGGUUUGACUUUUUUGAUAUGGGAAAAAUAAGUCAAUUUUUUUAUACCUUUUUUUGAAACCCGUGCAAUAUUUCUGAACGCUGUCGUGUGCGGAAGGGACGAGUGAUGGCAACUGGGAAGUGGCCUGUUUGUUCCUCGAGAGCAGCUCUUUUUGAAGGUUCAGUCCUAAACCCCGAAAAGGACUGGGCUGAACCUGAUGUCUCUCAGCUGUUGGACAGAAACGAUCGACCCUAACAGUGUUAAUUGCUGCUCGCUGCCUUCCCCUCCGCAGGCUUCAUGUUUCCCAGGUCUUUUACAGUGUUAUGCUUGAAAUGAACAACUUCUUCUGCAUGGAUCACAUACAGUAAAACUCACACAAGUCUGAUCUGUAUAAAUCAUAUAAUCACCUAAGUCGUGCAUCUGCCCAAGUCCCGUUCAAGAAUUUAUAUUCUAUGCAAAUUGCUACAUAUCUCGUACUUUGCAUAAGUCAUAUUAAACGUCUCGUCCCAACUGAAACGACUUAUGUGAGUGAGGUUUACUGCAGUUGCAGUUGGUGCAAAAGAGAACAGUGGAGCUGAACAACACCGGGCAGGAGUAGACCGUCUAGUGUCCAAAGAGAUUCAAGACUAUUUUUGAAUUGAGGUGAGACCUGUGUCUUUUGCUGUUCAGGCGAAAGGCCGGACUCGUCUCUCACUCACUCCCUCGGGGGCUUGAAAGGUACGCGGUGGGAUAAUGGUGACUGAGACGUAAAAAGAACAGUAUCGCUAACCCCAUUGCGGCAAUUGUCAUUCUGACUCUCAGACUAUGUAGCCAGUCAAAAGUGCAUCAAAGAGCGUUAUGCAUGUGUGCCCCUCUCAUUGAAAGUAUCUGAAGCCUGUCCUACACCUGCCUCGUCUGCCUGAGGCCGAAAGCUGAGUGUGUGCAUUCGUGAGGGGGGUGGGGGAGGGCAAAGAGAUUGCAGCUGGGGCUGUGGUCCCAGUGCUCUGCGUAGACGGACGGGUUUGGUUGCUUUUGGCGACUUAGCACGAAAGAUGUUCUUCGCCAGAAUUUUUUGCCGCUUCAAAUAUUGUGCCGGUUGCCAACGCUGUCGUUGUAGAAAUUUACAGUGUGCAGAAAUGAGCUUGUGUUGAAAUGUGCAGCUCUGCUUGGCGCCAAGAUUCAGACACUAAUUUUGAUGUGUUUGGGAGGUUUGCGUCUCUUCACCUGCGAGCAGGAAACACAGUUCCUAGUUUCAGAUUUUGAUCCGUGACAAAGUCUAGGCUGCACCUGUUCUGCUUCACGUUUGUCACAUUCUUAAAUCAGCAAGAAUGUUCUUUGAAAUCCAUAAUAAAGUUCAGUUUUUCUUGUACGUA